AAAAGAGCCAUUUAUAAUUUGUCUAUAGCUGCCUGACGAUCAAUUAAAAAAUUGUCAAAAUGCCGGGAACUAUAAGUAAGAACUAUGAUUUCGAUGCCUCAGCUGUGGUGGAACAACUCAGGAACUCUAUGACUGGGCUUGGAACUGAUGAAGAUACUAUUAUUAAUAUUCUGGUAACUCAUGACAAUGAACAAAGACGUGAAAUUGACGAGUCUUAUAAAUGUGCUUAUGGAAAGGACCUAAUUGAAGAUCUGAAGUCUGAGUUAAAAGGUGACUUUGAAGAAAUCUGCGUUAGCAUGUUGGAACAUCCAAGAAAGUAUGAUGCCAAACAGAUCCAUAAUGCUAUGUGUGGAGCUGGUACUGAUGAAACUACCAUUAUUGAGAUCAUGACCACAAGAAGUAAUGCUGAGAUUGAAGAGAUCAAACAAAUCUAUAAAGACGAAUUUGAGAAUGAGAUGGAAGAUGAUUUAAAGGGUGAAACUUCAGGAUAUUUUGAAAGAUUAUUGGUAUCUUUAUGUUCUGGUGCUCGAGAGGAAUCACCAAGUGUGGAUUAUGAGAAGGCUACAGAAGAUGCCCAGAAAUUCUACGAUGCUGCUGAAGCAGUAUGGGGAACUGAAGAGGCUGAUUUAAAUGCCAUCCUUUGUUUACGAAGCAGACCUCAGCUCUAUCAAACUAUGAUACACUAUGAGAGUUUGACUGGUAAAACCAUGGAACAGUCUGUACAAGACGACUGCUCUGGAACGUUACAAAAUGGAUAUUUAGCCAUUAUUGAAACUACCAAAAACUUACCAGCAUUUUUCGCCAGAAGAUUGAAUGAAAGUUUUUCUGGAAUAGGAACCUCAGACACUCAUCUCAUCAGAAUUGUCGUAUCAAGAAGUGAGAUUGAUCUUGAUGAUAUUAAACAAAUUUAUGAAGAAAAAUAUGAAACCUCUCUCUGUGAUGCUAUAGCUAGUGAAUGUGGUGGAGAUUAUAAGAAGAUGUUACAAGCUAUUGUUAAUGGCGGUGUCCAAUAAUUUAUUUUUAUUCUUGGGAAUGUUUGAGUGUAUUGUGAACCCUGGCCAUAUUUUGAAUAAUCCUUUAACGACAUUUAGAGAUCACAUUCAAUAACGGAACCAAACAUGUUAUACUUCUCCUUGGUUUUUAGCUGGGUUAAGCCUUUCAUGGCUGUAACAAGGCUUGGGGGAAAUAAAGAGAUGUUCCCCACGAUAGUAAAGUAUAUUUCAAGAAUAACCAUAGAUAAAUAGACAAAAACAAUGCAUGUUUUAUUAUGCCAGUGAAUCAGAGAAUCCGGAAAAAAACUCUUGUUCAAAACAGCGGUCGGAAAGAAUGAUUGUUGCUGAACAAUUUGAAACAGUUUAUUUGAAAUUGAGAAUUCUGAAAUAUUUCUAUUUGAAAUUUUAUGUACACUGCCAUUGGUUCACAAUACACCUAUCAUCGUUCUCUUACUGAAGUAUUUUAUAGAUAUUUCAAAUUCAUAUUAUAUAUUAUCGUUCCAAGGGUAUUUUUUUGGAUAUGGGUUACGGAGAAUUUUAGCAUAUAGAAAUCUUCCUUUGACUUCCAAAUCUGAACAAUUCUUCUGACUUUUGGUUUCUUACAUAGGCCUAUAUCAACCAUCGUAUGUAUUAAACUUUUUGACACUGGAAUUGAGCGACUCAUUACCACAUUUUUUCAUGUAAACUGUUUUAAGACAUAGAGGCAUUAUAAAUGAGCAUUUUGACCACUUUUACUUUUGUUAUUUAUUAUGAUAUUUUUUGUUCCUCGGUAUAUAGAACAAGAUAGAAAUGAUAUACAAGAGCCCUACGAGUAUUAUUGAAUUCAUUUGGUUAGAUUGUUAUUACAAAUUUGGAUAUCAAUAUGUCAAUUUAUGAGUUGAAACUUUGAGUAUAGUGGCAAAGAACCAAACUAAGCAUUAUGUACUUAUUUUCUGUUGAUGUAAACACUCCAAGAUAUACACUAGUACUUCCAUUUAGCAAUAUAGAAUGUUUCUAGUUAAAAAUAGUUAAAUAUUUAAAUUUCUAGAACAGAUAGUCAAAGUAAUAAAGCUCAAUAAUUUAUCAGUUA